UAGGCGCCGACGCGCCGGGCCAGGUGCAGCGCCCGCGAGUCCCAGGCCACUGCGGGAGGAGUGGCCCGUCUCCGGCCUGCCUGUGCCGCGUCCCCGCGCCCUGUCCACUGGACGCCCGUGACCCUCGGAACCCAGGGACUGCAGUCUUGUAUUCAUAAGGAGCCAUCGUUUUGUUUCUAACGUGUUUCCGGUUUGCCUGGCACCGGCUGGCCGAGACACCCCAGGCCAUGUCAGAGCUUUGAGCCAGGCCUGGUGAGGAGGAGGGGCUGUCACCACCGGCCCUGCCCACCCAGCUGCACCAUGCUGAGCCUGAAGCUCCCCAGGCUGCAGAGCAUAGAGCAGAUGCCCGAGGUGUUCCAUGAGCAGGGCAUCCUCUUUGGCUACCGACAUCCACAGAGUUCCGCCACUGCCUGCGUCCUCAGCCUUUUCCAAAUGACCAAUGAGACCAUCAACAUCUGGACUCACUUGCUGCCCUUCUGGUUCUUUGUGUGGAGGUUUGUGACUGCACUGUAUGUGACAGACGUCCAGAAUGACAGCUACUCCUGGCCCAUGCUUGUGUACAUGUGCACCAGCUGCGUGUACCCCCUCGUGUCCAGCUGUGCGCACACCUUCAGCUCUAUGUCCAAGAAUGCCCGGCACAUCUGCUACUUCCUGGACUAUGGUGCCGUCAACCUCUUCAGCCUGGGCUCGGCCAUCGCCUACUCCGCGUACACGUUCCCGGACGCGCUGGUGUGCACCACCUUCCAUGACUACUACGUGACCCUGGCUGUGGUGAACACCAUCCUCAGCACAGGCCUGUCCUGCUACUCCAGGUUCCUUGAAAUCCAGAGGCCCAGGCUUUGUAAGCUGCUCCGCAUCCUCGCCUUUGCGUAUCCCUACACCUGGGACUCCCUCCCCAUCUUCUACAGGCUAUUCCUGUUCCCAGGGGAGAAUGCACGAAACGAAGCCACCUUAUACCACCAGAAGCACAUGGUCAUGACCCUCCUGGCCAGUUUCUUGUACUCUGCACACCUGCCGGAGCGCCUAGCCCCUGGACGCUUUGACUAUAUUGGUCACAGUCACCAGCUGUUCCACGUGUGUGUGAUCCUGGCCACGCACAUGCAGAUGGAAGCCAUACUUCUGGACAAGACUCUGCGGAAGGAGUGGCUCCUGGCCACCUCCAGGCCCUUCUCGUUCCCUCAGAUAGCCGGAGCCAUAUUUCUGUGCAUCACCUUCAGCCUCUGCAACAUAAUUUAUUUCUCAGCUGCUCUGUAUCGGAUUCCCGAGCCAGAAUUACAUAAAAAAGAAACAUGAUUCAGAUCAUAAGCUUUUCAUGCCAGAUGUCAACAUUAAGCUGCAACACCCUAGCCACCAUAAGCCGGUGGCAUGGUCCUGGCUUACGAUGGCCUAAAAUACUCAUAAUGAUUGGUGCCUUGGCAUUUUUGAACGAGUUCAUGCCAAAAAGGUAUUUAACUGAGGAAAUGUCUCUACAUGUGCACUGAUUCUGUGUGUGUGAUUUUUAAAAGGGGAACAGGGGUUCAAGCAAGUCCUUGUUAAGGCAAAUUAUUGAUAUUUUGUUAAGUUUUAAAUUUACUUAAAACAGGGUUUUUCAUUCUAUUUAAACAGUUGGAUUAAGCACAUU